GCCAAACACGAUGCUCCGCACAUACAGCAACUCAGCGAACACCAUGGUGGCUAAAAGAAACGCCGUGGUGGCUGAAAGGUGUUGGCGCGAAAGUCGCUGAGCCAGACGAAGUCACCGAGCCGGAAAAAGCUGAAGUGUCAAUUGCAGUCGAAGAUUCAGAUUCAGAUUCAGAAGUGGAGUGUAACUGCCCAAAGUGUCGAAGCGAGGAGAGCUCCUCGACGCCGCCACUUUCUUGAAUUCAGCAGAGACUAGAGGGCCCAAGUAGCGGACUGUAUAAUGGUGAUGUAGAGUCAUUCUUCAGAAACUCCGUUGAUAAUAUUUCUUUUGUUAAAAUUUACACAGCCUCUAACAUCAGAUCAUCUUUCUAUUUCAUCAUAAAGUGUAAGUUCGAGGCAGUAUAACUCGUAAGUCUCGCAAGCGUCUUGUCAAACUUGAUAGAAAUCAUUCCUUGUUAAAUCCGUUAUGACCGUUUUGGUCGUUGAACUAGGCUUGUAGGAUUUGGGACUUAACGGCAUUAUCUCCGUGUCUGCGCUACAUCCCUCGGAGCCUAAACCACGUGAACAUAUUGAAGACGAUGAUCAAAACCAUACGGAUUGUUAACUUUGGUCAUACCAAUAUCUGCAUAUAUAGAGGUUUUUUGUAUUGACAUAGUAGACAAUAAAUCUUUGAUUAUCUACUCACAGGUGUGCCUGAUUGCAACGAAACUAUUCUACCUCCUAAAGCUUGUGCGACACCCAUAGUUCGCCAUGAGCGACACAACCCAAACAAGCAAGCCUCUCACCUGGCUUAUAACGGGCUCCUCAUCCGGGUUCGGCCUAGCAUUGACCCGUCUCGCACAAGCGAAAGGCCACAAAGUGAUCGCGACGUCGCGCAAUCCAGAUCGGACCCCCGAUCUGGUAGACGAGGUCGUCGGGCGCGGCGGCCUCUGGCUUCGGCUCGAAUUAGAAGACCUAGACUGCGACAAGAUCAUCCAUGGUCUGGAAGCAGAAGGUGCACACAUCGAUGUGCUGAUCAACACCGCUGCGAUGAGUAUCUCGGGGCCCCUCGAAUCGUUCACAGAGGCCGAAGCACGAAAGCAGAUGGACACGAACUUCUUCGGGCCAUACCGACUAAUCAGAGCGAUCACGCCGUACAUGCGAAAGCGGAGAUCCGGGAUGAUCGUGAAUUUCAGCAGUGGUGCCGGGUUAGAAGCCAUGCACUCGCUCGGUAUCUACGGGGCGUCGAAAGCGGCAUUGGACGACAUGUCCAAGGUCCUACACAAAGAACUGGAACCAUUCAAUGUGCGCGUGCUCCUCGUGUACUUAGGCACGUUUAACACAAACAUGCCGUAUUCCGUGAAGCCUAUCUCGACGCCUCUGCCCUCUGAUUACGAGGGGACGCAGACGGAGAAGUUGUUCCACAUGCUGUCCAAGGGGGACUUCGCUGCGCCGGGGGACCAUGUCAAAGCGUGCCAAGCGAUUUACGACGUCGUCAUGAAUGAGGGUUUCGCGAAAGGUCUGGGAAACGAGAUCAUGUUGCCGCUGGGUAGAGACCUGGCGGGGACCGUGAAGAGGACUCAAGAUCGACUGGCGCAUAUGAUGGAUGUGUUUGGGGAUAUCUGCCAUAAUGUGAAUUUGGACGAUGGAACGGAGGCAUCGUGGUAGGUAGCCCACACGUCUAGCCUAGGGCAACGGACCCUACUUGUUCCUAAAGACGCGCAAUGCAUGUCAUCAACAGGAAUUGCUGUACACAUUGGUGAUGCUGGUUGGUCCUUUAGGUAAACAUGAUAGAGUGCUGACGGCAGGGGCCCCGCACCCCCCAAACAUGCUUGGAUCUAGAUAGUCCGGGGGGAGCAAAAGAC